AAACGACGUAUGUUGUAUUAGCAGCUUUCCUAUUGUUACAUUUUCUUGAUAAAGCGUUCCUAAAGCAUUCUUUUUCCUGCAACGCAGCCAACCCUUAGUUGCAUGAGCUUUCAUCCAAACACCAUCUUUAAAGGACUUCGAACGCAUCCCAUACGAAUCAUUUUGACAACAUACCAUAAACGCUCCUGAUUAUGGCAAUUCCAGGCAUAGACUUCAUCAAGUCGCUGGAAGAUCUUUUUACUGAAGCCGGCGCCAACGGUCGUGAUGCCAAAACCGAGUUUGUGCACCUGCGCGGCAGCCUUAUUGACUUCAUCACUACCGUUAGCAGCGGUGGUUUGAGUGCCGCUAAAGCCCGAGCAAAGUACAAUCUCAAGUUUACUGAUGGAACUGAACCCGAGACGCACAUUGCCUUCUUCCCAUCGAACCUCAAUAUUACAGAGAAGCGUACUUAUCUGAAUGCUGCAACCACCGCCAAGGAGUUUAUUGAGAUCCUCGGUACUCUCUUCAGUGAACAGAAGAGCCGAAGUCGGAAGAAGAGAAAACCCAAUAAAAAGAGAUCCAACGCCACUCCUCCGGAGAGUCCUAGGAACAAUGCCCAGAAACGCCUCGAGGCAGAAGCUGCGUCCAAGACUCCGUCAACAACUGAUGACAGCCCAAGAAAACGCAUCAAGCUAAACACCAGCAAGAAUAAAAGCGACGUCUCCGACUCUACAGUUCUUAGCACUGUACACCAGCCAAAGGAUAAUACUAUUGCUGAGUUCUCUGGUAAUGAGAAGCCGGCCAACGAUAACGAUACUGGUGUGCCAGGCCCUAUGGAUAUCGACUCUGGCGCUGUCUCGUCUCACGACAGAGGAGAAGAGAUGAACGGGCAACAGACACCGCCUCAGGAACAACAACAACAAGACUCUGCUCCGCAGAGAGCUUCACCGGACCGAGAAGAUACGCACAUGAACGAUGCCGACCCUGAGACUCUCCCUGCAUACUGCAGAUCAGAUAUCCUUGAAGUAGUCGUAGCCGCAGAGGCCAUCGAAGAACACCAAUGGAAUGAUUUCAAGCCAAAGCUUCUCGAGAUGCUGGGUCAAAUGCACAAGGAACCGACACCUGACCAACAUGCAAAGACCCUGAAACGUCUAGAUGUAGCAAUUGCCCAAACGGAGCAAGAGAGGUCUCUUAUUCCUAUCGAAGCCUGGAAGAAGUACGAAGAAAAGCUCACAGAUGAAUCCAAGAAGGGGUUGUUUGAUUGCUUGUGGUCUAGAAGGCUCUGCAAGGUCGGCAAGAUCAUUUACCUAGCAGAGGAAGAGGUUGCCAUGGAGAGCCAGGGUUGGGAGCGCCUUCGCGCCGCAGCCCGUAUAUGUGCGAUCCUGAUCGAAAUGACUGCCAAAUCAGAGGAACAGGACAAACAGAAGGAUACCGACAUGUGGCUUAUUGAGAAACUUGGAGAUAUCAGCUUUCUGGAGAAACUGUUUGCAUGCAAGGGGCGACUUGGGGCAAUUAAGGGCCCAGGAAGAGAUUGAGUGAUAUGAUGGCGACACUGGUGACAGGAAAGAAGGCCUAGAUAUAAGAGAAGCCAGAAUUGCCGUCGAGAUGGCUCGUCAUUCGGUUCAAGGAAACUCGAUGAGAUACGCCCUGUAUGAUAUGACAGCAGAGGUCAUUCAUUAGGCCAAAGUCGAAGACGAUAUAGUGCCUAAAAAUUGAAAAAUUGCUCGUUGUUUUGAAGUUUAAACUGACUGUCAUUGGUAGAGAAGCAAAGAUCUAUAUGUGUUCUAACAAUGGUUCCUCUGUCCAUGACAUAAGUGAGG